AUGAAGGAAGAAAAAGUUCUCGAGUCUUUCAGGGAAUUCGACAGAGACGCAACAGGCACCAUCACUUUACUGGAGCUCCGUUACAUUCUACAGCAGCUGGGAGAACGUUUGUCCGAUGAAGAGGCAGACGAGUUCAUCGAAUGGGCUCAGAAGGCCCAGGACGUCUUAGUAGAGGAUGGAGUACUUAACUACGAGCAGCUUACGAAGGAGCUGAUGGACAAAGACCCUAAUAUCCUUUCGUAA